CCGAGUCACGGCGUCCAAACACACCCACUCUGUAGGCGACGGUGAAACACCUUCUGUUGUAUAUAUCUCUUGGAAGAGGGAAUGCAGAGGAGCGAUGGGCGUGUCAACUGAACGUCGUGUCCGGAGCGAAAUCCCUCUUUCGGAUUAACAUUAGGCAUUACCGUGUACCGUAAUGACCCUGGUGUGUCUAUGUGGCGAUGAGCGCGUCGUCCACAUCGUCGUAGCGCGAGGACACCAGCAGCGCCACGCGACCUUCUGAUGCCACGCGCGGAUUAAACCAGCCAUCGGGACUAACGACGCAAACAUCAGCGGCUGCGAGUCCCUGCACGUGGCCCUCAGACAUGGUUUUAGAAGGAAGCUCUGAGGCUCUGUGCCCUCCUCCAUCCCUGGAGCUGCGCCCAUCAUGCAACAAGAGCCAGCCAUCGCCCCCACUAGAUUCGGGCUCGCAAUCCCAUGAUGCCAUAUUUCCUGGGGACAAGGAGCCUAUCAAGUACGGAGAGCUGAUAGUGCUGGGACAUAACGGUUCACUUGCGGGUGGUGAUAAAGGGCGCAGGAGGAGUCGACUAGCCCUUUACAAGAGACCCAAAGCUAAUGGCGUCAAACCUGAUGUCAUCCACAACGUAUCCACACCUCUGGUGUCAAAGGCACUGAGCAACAAAAGCCAGCACAGUAUCUCCUACACACUGUCAAGGAGUCAUUCUGUUAUAGUAGAGUAUACACAUGAUUCCAACACAGAUAUGUUCCAGAUUGGCCGUUCCACAGAGAGCAUGAUCGACUUCGUGGUGACGGAUAUGGCGGGCAGCAGCGGCCAGUGCCAAGGUCAGAGUCAGGGAGGUGCGGGUGGAGACGGGGGACAGUCAGCACAAAGCACCAUCUCCCGCUACGCAUGCCGCAUCAUGUGUGAGCGCAGUGCCCCCUACACAGCUCGUAUCUAUGCUGCUGGCUUCGACUCCUCCAAAAACAUCUUCCUCGGGGAGCGGGCAGCUAAAUGGCGGACCUCAGACGGCUUGAUGGAUGGGCUGACUACCAAUGGGGUGUUAGUGAUGCACCCUGCAGGGGAAUUCGUGUCUGAGCCCACUCCUGGUGUGUGGCGGGAGAUAUCAGUGUGCGGGAACGUCUUCGCCCUGAGAGAGACACGCUCGGCUCAGCAGAGAGGCAAACUGGUCGAGAAUGAGUCAAACACUCUGCAGGACGGCUCUCUGAUUGACCUGUGUGGUGCCACGCUGCUGUGGCGGAGCCCGAGUGGCCUACGGCGCACACCUACGCUCAAGCAGCUCGAGUCGCUGCGCCAGGAAUUGAAUGCUGCACGUCCUCAGUGUCCGGUGGGCUUCAACACGCUAGCCUUCCCCAGCCUGGUGCAACGGGCCACCGUCGACAAGAAGCAACCUUGGGUCUACAUGAACUGCGGUCACGUGCAUGGCUACCACAACUGGGGUUUCCGCAGGGAGAAGGAUAAGACCGUGGGGGCAGCUGAGCGCGAGUGCCCCAUGUGCAGGAAGGUGGGCCCCUACGUGCCCCUGUGGCUGGGCUGUGAGGGUGGCCUGUAUCUGGAUGCAGGGCCCCCAACACAUGCUUUCUGCCCCUGUGGUCAUGUAUGCUCAGAGAAAACAGCUCAAGGCUGGAGCCAGAUCCCACUGCCGCACGGAACACACGCCUUCCACGCAGCAUGCCCAUUCUGUGGCACGUGGCUCACCGGCCAGCACGGCCACGUCAAGCUCAUCUUCCAAGGCCCGGUUGACUGAGACAACAGGACUGCAUGUGAAAGAUAUAGGACAAAAGGACUCGAGGAGCAAAUGUACUAAACUGUUACUGCACCAAGAGAUCAACGUGCUGAAAAGGAGAACAUGUUGUUGAGAGAAUAUGUAAAUAAAGGUGAUGGAAUAAAAAGGAAA